AUUUUCUACGAAAUACACCAACCAUGGUCAAAUCAAAGGAAUUCCUCAAGAAACCGAAACUUCCUAAACAACAGAAAAAAUCNAAAGGUGCGGUCCUCGAACUUUUCCAUGCCAUCACCUCUUCGAAAAUCCUGUUGACUGCAGAUGAUUUCCAGGAGGCAGCCGACGUUGAGGAAGAAACCGGCGGCAAAUGGAGAGCUGGCGACCCUGCCAAAUCAAGCCGUGCCUUUGUCAGAGCUAUCGAGAUCUACAACAAUGGCUUGCAAAGACAUCCAAAAGAUGCCGAUCUAGCCUACAACAAGUACGAAACUUANGCUCGCCUCGAGUUUGAACUAUCACAACAGCCGACUCUGGUAGCCAAGCUCACAAUUCCUCUGCUCGAAUUUUUGCAGCAGGCUUUGACUUCUCAUCGUUAUGCUCUGCAACUCAAUGCCGAGUCGGCCGAUGUUCUCUUCAACACUGCUCAGGUCAUGAUCACUAUUGCAGAGCACGUCACAGAAGCAGGUAUAUUCAGCGCACAAGCCGAUUCGGUAGCACUUCUUCGUGAAGCUCUUGAAUUGCUAUCGGCAUGUUUCACUCGCCAGGAGAUGCUCGUGGAAGAGCAAAACGCAAUUGCUAGGGAGGCAGAAGGUGGUGUUGCAGUCCAGCAGCAAGCCCCACCAGCUGAGCCUGAGGCUUCUUCUUCUCGAACAGCAGAAGAUGCAGGCUCCGAGGGCGAGGAGGAAGGGGAAUAUGUUUCUGUGCAAGCAUACAUCACAUCCUCUGAUCUUCUGGACACGGCACGUUCUAGUCUGACUGCCUUGACCCUACUCAUCACACUCGACGACCCUUCCAACGUGUCUCCCCUGGCAAAAAUGGGAAUCACCCUGCUGGAGGACAAGAUUCCUCAAUACCUUUGCCAGAUCGAAGCCCAGGAGCGUGCCCAAGAGGAGCCUGAAGUCACUCUCGAACGUGCCCAGUUCCACGCAGCCCUCACAGUAGCAGACCUCAAGCUCGGCACCGCAACUGCAGACGACAGCCUCAGCCGUUUGCAACAAGCCUUCGAACCCCUCGACAUAACCACAAACGUAGCAGUGAUGUGUACCUAUUCCGACAGCCUCGUCGAACUCACAACCACAGCACAGAACUUCAGCCCUUCGAGCGCAGCAACAACAUGCUGGUCCACCCUAUCCAAAGCACAAGAUCUCUACGCCGCUGCAGUAAAGAUCAACGAUGCAGAAGCCAAAGCUCGUAAAGCACGUGUCUACGAGUCUCGUGGCGAUGUCGAGUUGUUGCGCUUCAACCUCGCCACCACACCUGCUGCUGGUCUCUCAACCGCCAUUCAGAAGAGUGCGCCUACAUUGAUCAAGAAUGCACAAACGUACUACCGUGGUGCCAUGAACCUAUUCCGUGCGGAGGGAGAUGCGGAAGCAGCUGCCAAGGCGGAAGUCAGAGGUUUGAUUGCCGCCAUGCUCGAAGGCAAGCUCAAUGGAAAUGUCGAGCAACAGAUAAUCGCCGCACUAGGCCAGAAAGGAGAAGCCGGAAGAGCUGUGGCCAUGGACAUGCUGAGAGAAAGCUUGUUGCCCGAAGACUGGGAUCAAGGCGUCAUG